GCAAAGGGUGUAUUAUACUUUAUACUAUUUUUUGAAAAGAUAAACUUAUAUGCAUAGAACCGAAUAUUAACUAUAAAUAGUACAAAUAAAUAGGCUCCAACAAUUGAUAAGUAACACAAAAUUAGAACUGUAACGGUACAUCGCUAAGUAUAUCAGCUGAUUCUGACUCUACUUUCAAAAUAUAUACACUAACCUACAAUUUAAUCUGAUCGCAAGACGUGUAAAAAUCUUAUAUUUUAAACAAAUAUACGAAAUGAACGUGUUUACAAAAUCUGUCGCGUCAAUAGUUAAACCUGUACCCCUUGUGAAAUGCAUUUCAACAACUUGUAUGAGUUAUAAAGAUGAUUCUGACGAUUUAAUUCAUCCAGAAGGUCGAGAACCGAAUAUACCAUUAUAUGUCGAACGUAAUGAAGAAAGUACGAACGUUAAACGAGCUCGAUUAAUAUAUCAAUCGCGUAAGCGUGGUAUGUUGGAGAAUGGUCUUCUCUUAAGUACAUUUGCAAAAAAGUAUUUAAACAAUUUCGAUGACACGCAACUGCAAUUGUAUGAUCGUCUUAUAAAUUUGCCAACGAAUGAUUGGGAUAUAUUUUAUUGGGCAACUGGUGCCAGGCCAACCCCACCGGAAUUUGAUAACGAAGUUAUGGAUCUAUUAAAGAAACAUAUAAAAAAUGAAGAUCGUCAAGCGAGAAUAAUGCAGCCUGAUUUAUGAGAAGUUCAGUACUAGUAUAUUCACGUAUGACAGUUUUAUUAUGUUAGCAUUACGAAAGAAAUAAAGAUAUGAUAGUAUAGUUCA